AUGGGAGAACAACAGCUCGAUUGUGCCCUCGACUUGAUGCGGAGACUUCCGCCCCAACACUGCGAUAAAAACCUGACUGAUCUCAUCGAUCUUUGCCCACACCUGGUCGACGAUCUUCUCAGCACUAUCGAUCAGCCGUUGAAAAUCGCCGCAGAUCGAGAAACUGGCAAGCAGUAUUUGCUUUGUGACUAUAAUCGUGAUGGAGAUAGCUAUAGGUCACCAUGGAGUAACACUUAUGAUCCGCCAUUGGAAGAUGGACAACUGCCAUCGGAGAAACGCCGAAAAAUGGAAAUUGAAGCUAAUGCAGCUUUCGAGUCCUACCGCGACCUGUAUUUCGAAGGAGGUGUCUCUUCUGUCUAUUUUUGGGACUUGGACAAUGGAGGUUUCGCUGGAAUCGUGUUGAUCAAGAAAGAAGGAGAUGGUGCUAAGAAUAUCUCAGGAUGCUGGGAUUCUAUUCAUGUUAUCGAAAUUACCGAGCGAGCUCGCCAAGCCCAUUACAAGUUGACAUCUACCAUAAUGCUGUGGUUGCAAACCAACAAGAGCGUCAGUGGAGUUAUGAACCUCGGAGGAUCUCUUACCAGACAGCACGAGAUGGAUGCUCCCAUUAAUGACCAAAACACCCAUCUCGCUAAUAUGGGACGUAUGAUUGAAGAUCAGGAAUCGAAAAUGCGUUUGACUAUCAAUGAGAUAUACUUUGGAAAGACUAAAAAGGUGAUGUCGGAUCUCCGCUCUAUGGAAAAGCAAAGUGAACUCGAGAAACAAGACGAAAUCGUUCGCGAGAUUUCCAACUCCAUCGCCAAUCGCGGUGCCAACUGA